AUGAUCACGUCGUUUUUCCCCUUGAAGAAAUUGCGGCGAAAUGGCAAAUAUCUCCUGUUCGGCGCGAUCCUGCUGGCGGGAUUGGUGGCCGUGUACCACGAGAUGGUUGCUGCAAAAGCAUGGAGCAGUGAUAUGAGUCCAAUUACUGAUGCUGACCGCGUCAGCUGGAGGAGAGCCGUGUUUGAAAAUAGGGCAAGAAAGGACCAUCAGCCAGACACUGUUGGGGACAGCAGUGCUUGGGUCUCCAGUUAUGCUCAACAACCUUGGAAACCAGAGUAUAAGGGACAGGCCAAUCUGCAUGUGUUUGAGGACUGGUGUGGCAGUUCAACGGCUGAUCUUCGCAAAAACCUGCAUUACCCGCUUUACCCUCAUUCCAGAACCACAGUGGAGAAGCUGGCCGUCUCUCCUCAGUGGACCAACUAUGGGCUCAGAAUAUUUGGCUAUCUUCAUCCACAUACUGAUGGAGAUUUUGUGUUUGCUGUGAGCUCUGACGACAACUCUGAAUUCUGGCUGAGCACAGAUGACUCUCCUCUUAAUUUGAAGUUAAUUGCGUGGGUUGGAAUGACGGGAAAAGAAUGGACGGCCCCGGGUGAGUUUGAGAAGUAUUCCAGUCAGACCUCCAGACCAGUUUGGCUGUCUGCUCGGAGGAGAUACUUUUUUGAAGUUAUUCACAAGCAAAACGACAAAGGGACUGACCACGUGGAGGUGGCAUGGCUGCAAUUGGACUAUAGCAGUCUGUUUAAAGUUAUUGACUCCAAGUACAUCUCCCUGUAUACUAAUGAGUCAGCACUGUCAAUGAAUGAUGUUGCCCACAUACCACAGACAGCUGCAAGCCACCGGCAAACCCCCACAAAGCAGCGCAGUGCUGAUGCAGAUAUGUUAAUUGAAGACCGUCGAGAUUCAUUCUACAAAGUGCGCAUGUUAAACAGCAAGUACCUACAAGGUGUUCUGCCUGACUGCUCAUAUAAACCCUCUUACACAAUCAAAGACUUCCCUUUGCUUCGUUAUCAAGGACUGCAGUUUGUCCACUUGUCCUACAUCUACCCCAAUGACUACACUCGACUAACACACAUGGAGACGCAGACCAGCUGUUUCUACUCUGAGAGCUCUUACUACCUAAAGAGGUUCGGCUUCUCUAGAUACAUGAGAUUUGACCGUCCAGCUACAGAGGAAAAAGUAAAUCCAGACAGAGAUUUUAAUUUCCAGAUGAGGAAUUUUAACCAGGAGGACUAUGACUUUCAUAAAAAAGAAACGGAAACCAAGCCUGCUCAUGAGGAUAAAGCCCAUUAUCAAGACUAUGGAGAUGAUUAUGAUGAUUAUGUACAAAAACGUAGGCGCAAACUCUUCUCCUUGGUUGUCCCAAAAUCAAACAACACAUUGGGCAACUCUUCAGGACUGCACAGAGGCGAGUUGGGGAAGAGGGAACAUAAAGAAAAUUUGUCUCAGCCCCAGUCAGUGCUAAAGCAAGGCUUAAAACAUAACCUGCAACUGAAUCAGACAAAGUUACAAAAAGAGGAGGGGCAAGUUGUAAAAGCAGAACAGCAGAAAAGCAGAAAACGAGUAAAAAGAAAAAGGGUAAAACCAGCUCAGAGACCAGGACAGAAUAAUCUACCAAUACUGGAUAAUAAAAAAGACCUUAAAGCAAAUAAGCAACCAGUUGUCCAAUCAGAGCAACUUGGCUCUGAACAGGAUCAAAUCCAGAAAUUUGGUAAAACGAAUAAUACCGAAAUCCAGCGACUCAACAACUCGCAGCCUCAGAAUCUACAGAGGGAUUAUCCACAGCCUGAAAAACUGCCAGUGGCCAAGCAGUGGAGGUUUGUAACCAAACAGAAGGAACUUCAGCGGCCAAACGGCAAGCGCUUUACCCCUCCCAAAAGAGAUUUCAACCACCCGUUAGAAAAAUCAAAUCAAAGGGACUUGGAUGGCAAAAAAAGCCCCAGGGAUAAGGAUAUGGAGCUAAAUAUGCCACAACAACAAGAUUUAGAAAACAGCAUUGUUAGGGGUAAGAAGAUUGCUAAAGGGAAGAUUGACAAAAGGUGGUCGGAUAGGAAAGAAGGGGAGGAAGAUGAGCUCUCCAACAGGGCUGAGAAAAGGAAAGACACCACAGAGGAUGAGAAACACUACUUCUGGGAAAGACAAGAAGACUUUGAAGGUACUGAUGAUGAAGAUCUUACACCUACACCAGUUUUUGACACUCAAGUCAACUGGAACCAGACCUUCCAUGUCAACCACCUGGAUCUUCAGGCUCAGCGUUCAGAUUGGAUCGACCUGCAGUGCAACAUUUCUGGAAACUUGUUGCUCCACUCCAAUGAUGCUUUGCCCAUAGUCAAGACGUUCAUGGACCAACUGAAUAAAAAGCAUCAUGGGCGGUUUAAGUUGGUACGUGUGGUUAACAUGGUGAAGCGUGUGGAUGACUUCCAGGGCAGCCGCUACCUUCUUGAACUGGAACUGAAAGAUGUGAAUGGCCAGCUGCUGCGUGUAUCACACUACAUCUAUGCUCUGAUUACCCAUAGCUUGUCCAACAGCUGGGACUCAAACUUCCAACAGUCAAAACCUAAGACGUUGCUCUGCAACCCGGUGGGCUUCCGCUGGAAUCCUGUUGCCAUGGUCCACUUCAUAGUGCCAGUAAAAAACCAGGCUAGAUGGGUGCAGCAGCUGAUUACUGACAUGGAGGAACUGUUCAAAGUAACUGGAGAUAGUAACUUCAACCUCAUAAUCACUGACUACAAAAGCACUGACAUGGAUGUGAGGAAGGCUCUUGAGAAGUCCUCACUGCCCAGGUACCAGUAUGUGAAGAUGGAUGGGAACUUUGAGCGCUCUGCUGGUCUGCAAGCAGGUAUCGACCUGAUAACCGAUGACCACAGCAUCGUGUUUCUUUGCGACCUCCACAUCCACUUCCCUCCUUCGAUCAUUGAUACCAUCAGGAUGCACUGUGUAGAGGGAUACAUGGCCUUUGCUCCUAUUGUCAUGAGGCUGGGCUGUGGUACUACACCUUUAGAGGCCAGAGGUUACUGGGAGGUCAAUGGCUUUGGCUUGCUGGGUAUCUAUAAGUCAGAUCUUGACACAGUGGGAGGUAUGAACACCAAGGAAUUUACUGAUCGCUGGGGAGGAGAAGACUGGGAGCUUCUCGACAGAAUCCUGCAGGCAGGUCUGGAAGUGGAGAGGAUCUACUUGAGGAACUUUUUCCACCACUAUCACUCCAAACGUGGCAUGUGGAACCGGCGAAUGUCAACAAGUCCCAGGUGACCUUGUCACCUGCAUUUGCACAAUGACAUCGCCACGGUUACAACCAAGGCAACGCAAGCACUUUAAAGCCGGAGGGUGAUUCCUGCUAUGUAACGGUAAUACCUGCUGACGGUUAGAGAGAGUAGCACAUGAGCCGGUGCUGUAUUUGCUCACUCAGGCUUUGGGAAGCAGGUGGCAGCACUGAAGGUCAUUGCUUAGGAGAUACUACUGAUAUGCUCAGAGUUUAUUUCAUUGAAUAUGCUGUGGACUCCAAAGAGGGUACUGGCUACUGAGUGCCAAUGACUAUAAAAUUCAAUGUAUGAGGAUACCGCUG